ACCUGUUAACCUUCUUUGCUGGUCAUGAAGCCGAGGCCAUGUUUCAAUUCCUGUCAUCUCUCACGACACGCAUAUGGUCAGCUACAUACCGACUGCCGUGACCAGAGAAUGCGCAAUCAAAGGGACAAGGGAGGUCGAUUCCACUGACUUUAACACUCAUGUCUCGCUCAGCUCGGCCUGGCCUCUUGGCUGCAGAAGAUGCUGUCAGCCAGCGACAAAUGUCUUCGCGCCCCUGCCUGGACACGGUCCAUCUCCUGCCCCUCGCCUGGACACGGUCCAUCUAUACCGCCCUCUUCAUCGCCAUCCUCAUCACAGACCGUCUCUGCCGGGCCGCUCGACCUCCCAAACUCACCGGUCGCCAGACGCCCGGCGGUGUGGGCGAACGUCUCGCUGUCGCCAUGAUGCGGGCCACCUACCAGGGCCGAGCGGAAUGGGAUGGGUGUCGGAGGGAUGAUGGCCGCGGCCUCUUCACUGAAGGUGAUUAAGCGGUCGUCCCGCCGGCCAGCAGCACUGGGGUCACCGUGGCCGUCAACUGUACUCACGCCGACUGUUGGCGUGCUCUCCUCGCUGUAUUGUUGGACAAGGUGAGCUUCUCCCAAAGAUUCGCCGUGUCGCCCACUUGCGCCGUCCGCGCCAGCACAAACGAGAGGAAGCCCUUCCGAGAACGGCAGCUUCAACUCUUCCCCAUCGACGCCGCCUUGUUGCGCAGCAUCGCAUGUCUCCUCAUCGCCCUGCCACCCAUGGUCCAUAAGGGCCGAAUCGUCGUCCGGUCGAUCUGGUUCGAUAGCAUCUGGAAGAAGAGACAU